AUGGAUUCUUAUCCAUACAAUAACCGCAAUUCUAAUUUCGUUAAUCUUCUAAAUAGUCAACAAGACAUUGUUUUCGGUUUAGGACAAGAUAGUGGUGAAGUUUCAUCCUCACAAGUGCCUGUUUUCUUAACUCAGCGAAGUGAAGAUUCACACUUUGGGGAAGAGGCUCCGGCAAAACGUAAAGAACGACGGACCUGGACACCAACCGAUGACAUAGUGCUCAUCAGCUCGUUGUUAAACACGAGCAAAGACCCUGUGGUGGAGAAUGAGCAGAAGUCUGGUGCUUUCUGGAAGAGAAUCGCCGCUUACUUUGCUGCAAGUCCGAAGCUGGCCGGUUGUGAAGUGAGGGAGCCUAGCCACUGCAAGCAGCGUUGGCACAAGAUCAAUGAUCUGGUAGGAAAGUUUUGUGGCGCGUAUGAAGCCGCAACCAGAGAGAAGAGCAGCGGUCAGAAUGACAAUGAUGGCUGA